GGAAAUCAGUGUUAGAGGAAAUUGCACUGCUUUCUCUCUUUAUCCUGAAGAUGAUAAUACAGGCUCCAACUGAUAAUUGAUUUUAUAACUAUAUUUUCUCAUGGAUGUUUUGCAACAUUAACUAUACUAACUUUAUGUUUAUAUGCUUGGAAGUAAAGAUGAUUCCUGACAAAUGUCCUGACGAAACGAUGGCUACCAGUAUAGAACAGACAGACACAUCGCUCCCUCCUGGAUGGACGAAAGAGACAAGACAGAGAAAGAAGGGCAAGACAGCAGGCAAAAUGGACACGUACAUUAUCAGUCCUGAGGGUAAACGCUUCAGAUCCAAAGGAGAACUUCAGAAGUACCUUCUCUCUGAGGAAUGUGUCCAUCUGGACCUGGAUGCUUUCGAGUUCUCACCAAAAAACAAAGCACAGGCUCAAAAACCAAACUCUGAAAAGACGCAACAAAAAGAACGUCAAACAGGGAGGAGAAAAGCCAAGCAGACGAAUCAAGCCCCAGAAAAUCAUCCCGGGCUGGCUGUGGAAGAAAAGCAAAGUGGAGGGGUAGAGACAGAGGUGGAGGAGAAGGACAAUAAAGAUGCUCAGGUUCAGGAUCUAAAGAGUAACGAAGAAGAACAGAAAGACAUUAAUGACGAAAUAGAGGAAAGAUUGGCUUCUGUGCCUGCUAUAUGCAUCCAGGCAGCAUCGGAGAGUGAAGGAGAGGAUAAAGAGAGCGAGGAGAAAGAAGAAAGUGAUGAAAUUAGUAACAGCCAAAAAAUUGUCAGAAGUAGCAUCAGCUCACCUGUCAGAAACACACAAAAUAGAGCAAAAUUACAUUCAGAGAAACGUACAACCAGUCCAUACUUUAAAAGAAAGAAUGAUGGUCUCAGUCCUCCAAAGCGUAAAGCCUUCAGGAAGUGGACUCCUCCACGGUCCCCAUUUAAACUGGUACAAGAAACUUUGUUUCAUGACCCGUGGAAGCUUCUUGUGGCCACUAUCUUCCUCAACAGAACUAACGGGAAAUUGGCAAUACCUCUGUUGUGGCAGUUUUUUGAGCGCUACCCAUCUGCCGAGGUAACACGUGCGAGUGACUGGAAGCCACUCGCUGAUCUUAUGCAGCCGCUCGGUCUCAACUCCCUACGAGCCAAAACACUUGUGCGCUUCUCUGAUGAGUACCUCACCAAAUCAUGGCGGUAUCCCGAGGAGCUCUACGGCAUCGGCAAAUACGGCAACGAUUCGUAUCGCAUAUUCUGUUUAGGAGAGUGGAGAGAGGUCACCCCACAAGACCACAAGUUGAAUAAGUAUCAUGCAUGGCUGUGGGAGAACCACAAGCAGUUAGGCGUCUGAUACUGUGUGUUGACUGGAGCCUCUUCCUGACUUUUUAACUUGACAUCAUUUGCAAAUCAGUCCAAAGCAGACAAGCAAAGGUGAUUUUUUUUUUUUUUUUUUUUU